CCUCCCUUGGAUGCGAUGAGGACUGCAAGCUGCGGCCAGCAUCAUGCGUUUGGAAAGAAGGAUGGCGGCACCCUCUAACCCUUGGAGCUGAGGACUGCGAGAUGCCAAAGUUUGCAGCAUGCCAAAUAGCAGCAACUACGUUUUCUGACAUUUCUGGGGAUAAACCUGGCAAAGAUGGGGAAAAUUGGCUAUGCUCUCCUGGUACUCCAAGCUCUACUGGUGCAGUUGGAUCUUGUUCGCGGAGCAGAGAAAAGUUAUCCCAUCCUGAACAUUGCAGUGAUUCUGGGAAGGACGAAGUAUAUCACGGAGAGAGACAUCCGAGCUCUCUGGACCAGGGAAAUGUCAGCAGACCUGGCCAUUGAUGUCAAUGUAGUGACCCUUCUGGUGAACCAGACUGACCCUAAAAGCAUUAUAACACAUGUUUGUGACUUGAUGUCAGGCACCAAGAUCCAUGGGGUGGUUUUUGGAGAUGAUACUGAUCAGGAGGCGAUAGCCCAGAUUUUGGAUUUUAUUUCAUCUCAGACCUUUAUUCCGAUUCUUGGAAUUCAUGGUGGGUCCUCCAUGAUAAUGGCAGACAAGGAUACGAUGUCCACAUUCUUCCAGUUUGGGGCUUCUAUCCAGCAGGAAGCCAUUGUCAUGCUGAAGAUCAUGCAGGAGUAUGACUGGCAUGUCUUUUCUCUGGUGACCAGCACUUUUCCUGGAUACCGAGACUUUAUAAGUAUCAUCAAGACCACAGUGGAAAACAGUUUUGUGGGCUGGGACAUGCAGAAUGUGAUCGUACUUGAUACUGCAUUUGGAGAUGCUAAGACACAGAUUCAACUAAAGAAAAUUCAUUCAUCUGUUAUCCUGCUUUAUUGUUCUAAGGAUGAAGCUGUUUACAUCCUGGAUGAGGCACGUUCCCUGGGCCUUACGGGCUAUGAUUUUUUCUGGAUAGUUCCCAGUCUGGUUAGUGGGAACACGGAAAUCACUCCCAAGGAAUUUCCUUCAGGGCUUAUUUCGGUGUCAUAUGAUGAAUGGGACUACAGUUUAGAAGCUCGAGUACGGGAUGGUCUUGGGAUUAUCGCCACAGCUGCAUCAACUAUGUUGGAAAAAUACUCCUUCAUUCCUGAAGCAAAAACCAGCUGCUAUGGGCAACUAGAGAAGAAUGAACGUCCAUCUCACACUCUACACAAGUUUAUGAUAAAUGUGACUUGGGAAGGUAAAGAUUUGUCCUUCACAGAAGAUGGCUACCAGGCACAACCUAAGCUGGUGGUGAUAGUACUGAACAAAGAUCGAGCAUGGGAAAAGGUGGGCAAGUGGGAGAACAAGACACUGAGCCUGAAGUAUUCCGUAUGGCCAAGAUUUAGUUCUUUUAUAGACAGCGAUCCAGAUGACAACCACUUGAGUAUUGUUACCUUGGAGGAGGCCCCCUUUGUUGUAGUUGAAGAUGUGGAUCCUUUGACAGAAUCUUGUGUGAAAAACACGGUUCCAUGCCACAAAUUUGUCAAAAUUAACAACUCAACUAAUGAAGGAAUGAAUGUAAAGAAAUGCUGCAAGGGAUUCUGCAUUGACAUUCUGAAGAAGUUAUCUAAAACUGUGAAGUUCACAUAUGACCUGUACCUUGUGACCAAUGGGAAGCAUGGCAAAAAAGUCAAUAACGUAUGGAAUGGAAUGAUUGGUGAAGUGGUCUAUCAAAGGGCAGUUAUGGCUGUAGGUUCUCUCACUAUUAAUGAAGAACGUUCAGAAGUGGUUGACUUUUCAGUGCCAUUUGUUGAGACUGGAAUUAGUGUCAUGGUUUCACGGAGUAAUGGCACGGUUUCUCCAUCUGCAUUUCUAGAGCCUUUUAGUGCUUCUGUCUGGGUGAUGAUGUUUGUGAUGCUUCUCAUUGUGUCCGCCAUGGCUGUCUUUAUAUUUGAGUACUUUAGCCCUGUAGGAUAUAACAGGAACUUAGCAAAGGGGAAAGCUCCCCAUGGACCAUCUUUUACCAUUGGGAAAGCCGUGUGGUUGCUCUGGGGUCUGGUAUUUAAUAACUCUGUGCCUGUUCAAAACCCCAAAGGGACAACUAGUAAAAUCAUGGUGUCAGUUUGGGCAUUCUUCGCUGUCAUCUUCCUGGCUAGUUACACUGCCAACUUGGCUGCAUUUAUGAUUCAGGAGGAAUUUGUUGACCAGGUGACUGGGCUGAGUGAUAAAAAGUUUCAAAGGCCAUAUGAUUAUUCACCCCCAUUUCGAUUUGGAACGGUUCCAAAUGGGAGCACAGAGAGAAAUAUCAGAAACAAUUACCCAGAUAUGCACCUCUAUAUGACAAAGUACAAUCAGAAAGGAGUUGAAGAUGCCUUGGUCAGCCUGAAAACUGGGAAGUUGGAUGCUUUCAUCUAUGAUGCUGCAGUUCUGAAUUACAAGGCUGGAAGAGAUGAGGGUUGCAAACUUGUCACAAUAGGCAGCGGAUACAUCUUUGCUACUACAGGCUAUGGAAUAGCACUUCAGAAAGGGUCACCUUGGAAGAGACAGAUUGACUUAGCCCUCCUUCAGUUUGUUGGUGACGGAGAGAUGGAGGAAUUGGAAACACUGUGGCUGACAGGUAUUUGUCACAAUGAGAAGAAUGAAGUCAUGAGCAGCCAGCUGGAUAUUGACAACAUGGCAGGCGUAUUUUACAUGCUUGCAGCAGCCAUGGCCCUCAGCCUAAUAACCUUUGUUUGGGAACAUUUGUUUUACUGGAAACUGAGAUUCUGCUUCACUGGGGUCUGCACAGAUAGGCCAGGAUUGUUGUUCUCCAUCAGCAGGGGUAUUUAUAGCUGUAUUCAUGGAGUACACACUGAGGAAAAAAAGAAGUCACCUGACUUUACUUUGACCAAUUCCCAAACCAAUAUGUUAAAACUAUUACGAACAGCCAAAAACAUGACAAGCAUUAAUCCUUCAAGAAUUAACUCCCCCAAAAGAACAGCUGAUUUUAUUCAAAGGGGUUCCUUAAUUAUGGAUAUGGUCAUGGAUAAGGGGAACCAGAUAUUUUCUGACAAUAGAUCUUUUCAGCCAAAGGACAAUUUUCUUGGUGACAAUAUAAGUGAACUGCAGACAUUUGCUGGCAACCGUCAUAAAGACAAUCUUAAUAACUAUGUAUUUCAAGGUCAGCAUCCUCUCACGCUGAAUGAAUCUAAUCCAAAUACAGUAGAGGUUGCUGUUACAGCAGAAGCAAAAGUAAACUCCAGACCCAGGCAGCUUUGGAGAAAAUCUGUCGAAUCUUUACGUCAAGAAACCCUACGUCAGAACCAAGGUUCGCAGAGAGAAAAUGGUUCAGAAGAAAACAGACAGCUUUCUGUGAAGAGCCAAAGAUACCUUCCGGAAGAGAUUGUCCAUUCAGAUGUUUCAGAUACCUCAAGCCGAGCCACUUGCCAUAUGGAACCUGAAAAUAAUAACAAACACCACAAAACCAAGGACAAUUUUAAAAAAAGAUCUGUGGUGUCAAAAUAUCCUAAGGACUGUAGUGAAGUGGAACUGACAUAUCUAAAAACAAAACAAAGUGCUCCCCGGGAUAAAAUUUACACCAUUGAUGGUGAUAAGGAACCAGGAUUCCAUCUGGAUCCACCAGAGUAUAUUGAAAAUAUUGUUCUUCCAGAGACUAUUGAAUUUCCUGAUGUUUAUCAAGACCAUAAUGACAACUACAGGAAAGCAGAACAAGUUAACAGGACUCCCUUGCAUAAUGAAGGCAGUCUUCCAGAUAAUGACCAGUACAAACUUUAUUCAAAGCACUAUAGCUUAAAAGAUAAAAAUACUUCUGUAGUUGAUGUGAAUGAGAGAUACAGGCAGAAUUCCACCCACUGCAGGAGCUGUCUUUCUAAUCUGCCCAGUUACACGGGCCACUUUUUAAGCCGGUCUCCCUAUAAAUGUGAUGCUUGCUUGAGGAUUGGGAAUCUCUAUGACAUUGAUGAAGAUCAAAUGUUGCAGGAAACAACCAACUCAGCGCACCCUGAAGAAAUGUAUGAACGUGACUGGGUCCAAAAUAAUUCUAUCCAAUACCAGAAAAAAAAUAAGUUGAGAAUCAGCAGGCAACAUUCUUUUGACAACAUCCUUGAUAAGCCCCGAGAAAUUGAUGUUGGAAGACCUGCUCGAAGCAUAAGCUUGAAAGAGAAAGAGAGGUUUCUAGAAGGCAGCCCGUAUGCAAAUAUGUUUAAUCUCCCCCAAAACAAACUGUUGAGCCACAAAGCCUCACUUUUAACGCAUGCUCUGGAGGACAGUAAGCGGAGCAAGUCCUUGUAUCCUGAUCAUUCUGCAGAUAACCCUUUUCUGCACUCUUAUCGUGAUGAUCAGCACUUAACUCUAAGACGAAGUCCAUCUGAUCUCUAUAAACAAUCACUACCAUCACAAGCAAGAAAUGAUAAUUAUUUAAGGUCAUCCAUAAAGUCCACAGCCUCGUACUGUUCCAGAGAUGGUCGGGUCCAUAAUGACAUACCACCUUCUUCAGUGAGCAUGUCCUAA